AGAUUUGCCCGCAAAUGCCUUUUAUUUUCUCGCAUACGAGUAUAUACAAGAUAAGGCCAAAGAGCAGACUGGCAGCGAAAAGGUCAGCGUUGCGUCAACGAUUUUUGCUGGUGGCGCCGCUGGUAUAGCUUAUUGGUUGGUCGGUAUGCCAGCCGAUGUGCUUAAGAGCAGGCUACAAACGGCACCUGCCGGCACAUAUCCAAAAGGUGUGCGUAGCGUUUUCAAGGAUCUUAUGCGUACGGAUGGUCCUUUGGCGCUGUAUCGUGGUGUUACACCGAUUAUGUUGCGUGCCUUCCCAGCAAAUGCUGCCUGUUUCUUUGGCAUCGAAUUAGCCAAUGAUGCUUAUGAUGCGAUCGCUGCAUUAUUUUAACUAAAAAACUUUCGCUAAAAGACUAAUGAAUUUUUUUUCUGAAGAACACCAAAAUCCCAACAGUGCACUUAUAUAUUUACGAAGUCGCGAUAGUUUAUUUUUUUAUAAUAGAAAUUAUUUUAAUUAUAAGCGAUUAUUAUGUUCACAUUGUUAUUAUAGUAGCACUAGUAGAAAACUAAACUUUUUUAUGCCUAGAAAAUUAAAAAGAUGGGAAGAAAAUA